GGUCAAAUUAGCUUAAACAUUUAAAUGAGCCGUAUUAGAUCACAGACACAUUGCAUUAAACAUUUUAUAAUAGAUUACUGAGUGUCGCGUGGGAUGCUACUGCUAAACUUACAGAAAGCUCUGGAUUUUUACCUUUUACUGUAAGGACAUUGUAUCUGACAGGCAAAACUCUGGGAAUCAACACCACAAACAACUCAAUCCUAACAACCUACAUCAACCCGCCAAAUUCUAAAGCUAAAUACGGUGACGUUAUGUCGGCUCUCUCUGCUAUAACUGUUUAAGUAUUUCAGUAAACUGCUCCUGAAAAUGGCGCUGUGGAGCGAAGUUGAACUUCUGACCAACGAAGAUACAAAUACAGUCCGUUUCGAUGGUGUGUCCCGGGAGGAAAACAGCAGUGGCCUGUAUCAGGUGGACACGUUGGUCAAAGUCUCCAGUGCUAAUGAGGUGCAGGCAGAUCCCAAUUUUACGUCGUCGAGCGGCUCAAACUGGAGUUUUAUUGUUGCUGACAGGACAGUCAUCCUGUUUGAUCAGAGCUAUCAGAGCAUCCUCCUGCUUCUUAACUUUGAAACUGAUGUGGACGCCAUUGACGUGUGCCUGAAGGGAAAGUUUCUGGUAGUUUGUGAAAAAAAUGGAAACCUUCAUUUGAUAUACGUUCCGCAAAAGAGGAUCCUCCUAACCCGGGCUUUGGUUGAGAAACCAAAUGGAGAUAAGAAAACCUACCGCUAUCUCAUCAUGGAUGAAGACAAGACAUCCUCAGGAAUGUACCACAUGUUCCUUCUCAUAAAGGAUGGUUUUUUCCACAUUACAAACCUUUCCUUGGCAAAGAUUGAGUCAGCUAUUGAAAAAAUGGAUGUUGGAGCUCUAAAGGAGCUCCAGUCUUUGAUCAAGAUAGAUUUUUACUCCACCAAGGAUUACCAUGAGGAGGGUUGCAGCACAGCAGUGAUGUUCAGUCUGGGCCAUGAAGUCCAUCUGAUGAUUGGGGGGGAUAAAGAAAAUGUUUUGACUCACUGGAGGAUGGACCCUCAUCAAGCUAAGAUGUGCUUUGCUCAGACCGUCGACAGCAGCUUAAUUCCAGGUGUAAGGAAGAUAGUGGUGGUGGAUAACCUUUUGUACAUCCUCGACACUGAGGAUGUUCUGAGUCUUUGGGAUCUGCACUUCCUUGUCAUGAUUCACUGUUGGCCAGAGCUCGCCGUUCAUGACUUUCAGCUCACUGCAGAAUGUGGCUCUGCCUCCAUGGUGGCCCAAGAUAAAGGCAGCAUGAAGAUGAUCAUGCUGACAAAGCAAGACAACAGUCAGAUCAGCUCACUGCAAAUACGAUUCCUGCCCUCUAUGACUGUUUGCUACUCUCUGGAUGUUUCCUUUGUCUCCUGUCUCGUCCAUACAAAAAUAAACAUGGAUGCAUUUUAUUUAGUCGAGGGGAUUUGUGAGAACCCAGAGAGUCGAAGAGAGCCAGUCGCUUCUGUGGUUGUUCGAUCCUUCACAGAGGCUUUACCUGAAAACAGGCUGAGCAGGCUUCUUCACAAACACAUGUUUGAAGAGGCUGAAAAGUUUGCCAUCACAUUUGAGCUGGAUUUAGAGCUUGUCUAUAAGGUGAAGCUUGACUUUGUGCUGGAGCAGCUGGCCUCUGCAUCAGUGGGCGGUUAUGGAGAGGAUGUGUGGUCUGAACUGGUCGAAGAAGCCAAGACAAACCUGAUGAAGAUCACAGAUGAGCAGUAUGUGGUGGAAUACUGCCUCAAGGCUCCAUGGCCGACCUUUGAGACAGCAGAGAAGAUGCUAAACCAUGCUGCCACGCGAUACUCCUCUUUACAGAUCCAAGAGGCCUUGGCCAGACUGGCCACCUUCUGCAGCCUCCACAGCGUGGAAAAAUUCAAUGGAAUUGCCUGGAUUGAGUUUCUGAACAGCACUGAUGAUCUCGGAGACAUCCUGUGCCAUCUAAGAGAAGGAGACAUGAAGGGUGCACAGCUUCUUUGGCUCAGAUAUGAGGGCCAGAUUGCAACCAAGUUCAGUGAGAGCAGCCUUGAAGCCAUCCUCAGUGCCAUCCCAGAGGACCUGCCUUCACAGGAUCUCUGUCCGUGGUUCAAGACAGUUUUUAUUCCCUUUGUGAGGAGAGUGUUACCACAAGGACAGAGAAUCCUGGCAAAGUGGCUCGAGCAGAAAGCAAGAAAUCUGGAGCUAACAGAAAAGCGUGCUUGGCCUCAGAAUGGCUUGGACCUGGCUGUGCUUGGACUGCCCUCUUUAUGGACAUGGAUGAAAUCUGAUAACAGUAAUUGUGUAGAAGAGGUGGAAAACCUCAAAUGCCUGGUAUCCAACCUACGUCAGCUGCUGGACCUACAUCAGAAAUACAACUGCUCACUUUCCCUUUCGGUCUUUGAAAAGAGGACUGUGUGGAGUGUGGCAUUUUUCAUGCUGGACAAAGUGCCGGCUCCGGAGCUAAUCGCCGCCACAGUGGAAAACAGCAUCAGGCCGUACACUGAAGAACACAAGAUUCCUUUUGAUGAACUACUUCUGCAAUACAUCAAGGAUUUGCUGGAACGCUGCAGUUCUCAGACCACAACACUUUUCACUGAAUGGGAAGCUAAAGCAGUGGCCGUACUCGGCUGCAUGACUGACACUGAUCUGAUGGUUGAUGCCGUGCUGGAGAUCAUGCAGAAGGCUGUGGUACCGUGGAGUAACGUGGUGGAAAAACUGGUCCAGCAGUACCUAGAGAUGGAUGGACCAAAACAGGAGCUGUUAAAGGAGAGCUACCGUCUGAUGGAGAUUAGGAAACUUCUCAGGGGAUACGGCAUCCGCAACUUCAACCUGUCUAACAGCACCCAAAUAAUGACACUGAUUAGAUACAUCCUCAAGCAAGACUUGCCAAUGUCCUUAGAAGACUCGUUGACGUUAGCUGAGGCGUACAAACUGCCAACAUCCCAGAUAAAUUACCUGUAUGUCAUCCACCUCAUAGGCCAAGGCAAGACUGAGGAAAUCUUGACUCUCCUGAAGAAGCUGCCCUCUGCAGAGGCAGAGUGUGUGAUUGAGCGUCUCACAUCGUGGGCCAGGAUGCAGCUGGAGGACAAAGAACACAUAUCUGAUGAGCACAAGAAACAUCAGAUGGUGAUAGCUCAGGUGAUGGUGGAGACUCUGAAAUACCUGCAUAUAAUCCAAAAACAUGAUGCUCUAAAAAGCGUAGAGUGUGAGAACAACCUCGUCAUGUUCAAGGCGAUCUCCCACCUGCAGGAGGACUUUGAUAUUUUUUUCACUCCCUCCAACUAUGAGGAUCCAAACAUUCGAAAACAGAUCCAGGAACAUCACAUCACAGCCUACGAAAACACCCGUGGCCGCCGUUCAUGUAAGGGGAAGGCCAUGACAACUCCAGUUGUGGCUAACGAUCCAGAUGGCAAGACCAAGACGAUCUCCACAGAAGCUGGUUUGCGCCGUCUGGGGAGGCAGCUGCAGCGCACCGAGCAGGAGCUCUGGUCCGACUUGGCCUUGAGAGCUCUGAAAGUGGGCAAAGUCGACAAGGCGCUCAAGAUCCUGAGUGAGCUGUAUGAGCACCACUAUAACAGCAGCACAGGGAAGGUUUUGUUUACUGCUGCCAAGAUGUUAUGCCAUAUGCUGGAGGCGGAUGUCCCCAUGGUGCUUCCUGAUGACAUGGAUUUGCCAGCAGUGAUUCAUGAUCUGGCUUGUCAGGCUAUCACUGUGUGUCAUUCAGAUCUUCUCCUGGAUUGUCUGGAGCUUUGCAAAUGCACACGGAUUGCUAUGGAUGUCUAUCAUCAGUGUCAGUUAUCAGACAACUAUGGCUUCAUCGUCAAGGAUUUGACACCGGAGGCAGAAAAAGACCCGCACUCUCAGUGGAGUUUUCAAGAUGUCUUUAAUGAAGAUUGCAUUGUUCUGGACCCAGUUUCAGUGCUGCCUGUCCAGUAUGAGAUUACCAACUGCUUGCUGCCUAUUUCUCAGGAUACCAGAUUGUAUCCCCUGGACUGUUCCUGUCUGUCACACUGCUCAUUUGAAGAUGGUUCAAACUACCUGCGGCCGCUCUUCGGUCCCCUGGCCAACAUGUUACAGAUGUUACAGGAGUGCAGUCAGCUGGAAUUGGCCUUCAGAGUGGUGGUCAACGCGUACGGCAGCUGCCUGCAGCACGUCACCUCAAACGUCAUGGAUAUAAAGCUGAGCCUACAGCUUUAUGACGCACAAGAGCUUAAGAAGUACAACCUGUGCCUGAACGAUCUCAGGAAGACGACUACGUCUACUCUGAAUGCUGUGGCUGUGCCACUGUUGAACAAGGUGUUAAACUGGAGGGUGGUGGAUUGUGAUUUGGCUAUUGGUCUCUGUACACUCCUCUCCAAAGCAGAAGUCUUCAAAAUACUGUGGAAAGUUAUUGACAACACCUGGCAAAACUAUGACAAGAUUUUGGCUGUGGCAAGGAUUGGAGCAAAUCUCUGUAGCUUAUAUAAUGAGGCAGAAGAACAGAGGAAGUUUCUCUCUGUCAUCACUGAUGCUGAGUGGGGAAUCAAGCUUGGCAAAUUGGAGAUAUCAAUCCAGCCAGUGUUCCGUCAGCGGUCUGAGAUGAAGAGCACUCUGAUCCCUGUUUUAGUCAAAAACAAGAGAAUCACCCCAGACUUUAUCCUCCAGUACUGCAGCACCUACGAUCUGGACCAUGAUAGUGUAAUCAACCAGUACAUUACCACCUUACUGCUGCUCCAGGACGAUGAGGAAGGUGCAGGUGAUCCAGCUGUCUGUCAGGAGGAGGCGCAACCUCUGUCUCACACUGACACGCUGGAUCGAGUCCUGCAGAUCAUCCCAAUGUUACACAACACCAGCAAGCUCACAGACAACCUCUGUGCUGCCAUAUUCAAGCUCAGCCCAUACAACUACGAGAGAAUAGAAGUGGUGCUGAAGAUCAUACAGGCUGCAGAUGAGAACGUGACGAGCCUCUCUGUUGGUCAGGCGAUGGGUCUCCUGCAGCAUCUGAAGUCCUACAAGCGAGUGUCUCCUCCCACAGAUGUGGAGAACACGCAUCUUCUCGAAACCGGUCUGCUGCCAAACCCCCGUUCCAGCAGCAGACUUCCCUUCCACCUGCUUAUGCAGACCAAACAUUACUGGAAGAUUAUCUGUCCUGAGCUCAGUGAGGAGACCUUCCCCACACUUCUGCUGAUCAGCAAACUCAUGAAGGUGAGCCUUGACAAGCUCUACAUGUCAGCAGCAAACCAUGUGUUUGAGAAGAAAAUGAAGCCUUUAAUCUUAGAGCAAAGGAAAAUGGGUCAGGGGCAUUGUCAAAACAAGGAGACUUUCAAGGUGGCUAAGACUAUGAUGAAGUACAUCAAAUGUAUCCAAAGCCCAGAGUGGGCUGCUGCCACAGCCCACAAGAUAACCCAGGAGCUUCCGCCAGGCUAUGAGAAGACACAGUCACUCAGGUUCUGUUUGGCACUUGGAGACACUUGGUUAAAGGAACCACACCUUGAUGAGGCAGCACGGGCCAGAGGAGAAACCUUUCUGUCCAAGCUGAAGCUGCAGUUUCAGCGCUCAGCCACUGAGAAUACUUUAAUAUCCAGUCAGCUGAACAGCCCAGAGCUCCUGAAGCUGUCUGGGCUGCCAGGCAGGCUCAUAAUGGCCCUGUACGAGCACAGCAGUGUGGAACAGCGUUACAAAGAGUCAGGAGGUCAGACGUAUCCAGAUAUACAUGGUGCAGUUAAAGAAAUAGCCACAGUCAACAAUGUGGAUCUUCUAAAAAUCCGUACCAUGUUGUUAGAAAAAUGGAUCUGCAAGACAGGCCCGGCUGUGGUCAAGGAUAUUGGGUAUAGUGACUGUGUCAGCAACAUUGAGGAGGACCCAGACUUGAUGAGGGUGGUGUACAUGCUGCAGUCCUGCCCAAUGCAAGAUGCCGUCCGUCAUCUGAGCCCUAUCUUAACUGCAGAAACUUGGCCACUUAGCACAUCUGGGCCUCGCCUGACCUUCUGCCAUCGGACUCGAGCGCUGCUCUGUCUCGUCCGCCUUGCUGAUGCACCCACUCUGGAGGCUCAGCUGCAAAUCCCCAUCACCAAAAUCCCAUAUUACCUGAAGUGUUACAUCUUUGUCUCUCAACUGGAAGCAUUAAACAUCCCGUACACAGUUCAGUCCUUCCUCAGUAGUCCCAAAGAGGGUUUAGUUAAAGGGCUUUGGAAGAACCACAGUCAUGAGCCUCAGGCUGUGCGGUUGGUGGCAGACCUGUGCCUGGAGUACCAGAUCUAUGACCCUCAGCUGUGGAACAGCCUGCUUCAGAAGCUGCUCGGCUUCAACCUGAUCAGCCACCUCCAGAAGGUAUUGGAGGCAAUAGUGGCUGUUCCGGCUUUGUGGGAGAUUUCAAGUUUCUCCCGGACCUGGAGGAGCAUGAUACUGGCACCUUUUGUUUCAGCUUCUGUUCCGCUGAGUCCAGAUCAGCAGGCAAUGCUCUACAGGACAUUUGUUCUCCUCCUCAAGUGCCCAUUCCUGUUGAAUCUGGAUUUGAUCGGAAUUGCCAAUCGCUUUGCACAGUUCAGUCUGCCAGCCUUCGCCCUGGGAACGCUCCUUCUAAUUCCCUGUGCCAGUAAGAAGGAGCAGCAGGUCCAGGGUUUUCUGUCUGUCUGCAACCCGCUCGGUGUGCUCGAGCAGGUGGAAGAGCUUAUGAACACCGGGGAACUCGCUGGUAUCCCUUCACAGGUCAGGGAGACUGUGUUAAUUUUCAUCAGCCAGAAUGGACAGCAUCAGAAACUGCUGAAGACGAAACACUUCAGGCAUCUGAAGCAGCUCAUAGUGUCGAGUGGGCAGCCUAACCAAGUGAAAGAUUUGGUGGACUAUCUGAUCAGCCAGAACUGCCAUGACGAUGCUGAAUCACUCGCUCAUGAGUACAUGAAACACAGAGAGCGUCAGCGUGGGAAAACCCUGACAAAUGGCUCGUUGUCAUCCAGCUGCCUGAAGGACUUUCUUAACAUGCAACAUGGAGUAUUGAGAUGAACCAGCACUGUUGCUUCAGCCAUGUUUAUAUAAUCCUCCUUGGUCUGCUUUAGGCUGAGACGCAGUAUUUGCACUUCACAUUUAUCUUUCAACUGUAAUAUUUGAAUAAACUAUUCAUUUAUGAAAACUGUGGAGAUGAGCUAUUUAGAAGCAGCAGAUCACAUGUCAACUUUUAUUUUCCAUUGCAACUCCAAGUUUGUUUCUUAGGAUGUGUAUUGAGUUUAACUGUUGAUUUUCAUUGCACAGCCACACUUUGUACAAUAUUAUGAAAUUAAAGUACAUCGGUUCUAAAAGAAAGAGGAGCAGUAAUCCUAAUAAAUGAUGUACACUGUGUUGCCAAAAGUAUUAGCUCAUCUGCCGUCGCACACAUUAAGGGACAAACCAAUCUUACUUCAUGGAAUUUUAUACGAUGUUGGCCGAGCCUUUGCAGCUAUAACAACUUCAACUCUUCUGAAAAGGCUUUGUAAAAGAUUUAGGGGUGUUUAUGGGAUUGUUUUAAAACCAGAAGUCCUGUCUUUGCUCUAAUUCAUCCCAAAGUUGUUCUAUCAGGUUUAGGUCAGAACAGUCAAGUUGCUCAUCCGUCUACCACAGGGCGAGAAGCAGGUUACACCCUGAACAGCUCACCAAUCUGACGCAGAGCUAAGACAACCAUUUGCACCGAUGGGCAGUUUAGAAUCUAACCCCACUAACUGCAUGUCUUUGGAGUGUGGGAGGAAGCCGGAGCAACCCAGAGAGAAAAUGUGAACGCUGCACAGAAAGGUCCCGACCAGAUGGUGGCUUCGAACGUGCGACCUACUUGCUGUGCUCACAUUUUCCUAAAGUUAUUUCUGUUUUCUUUUUAAAUACUUGUUACUUUCACGUUUAUAUAAACAGCUUCCUUAUCUUAGUCAUACUUCUUUGGUUCAUCAACUUUUUUUAAACACUGGUCUCGUUUCUGAUGGACCACUUCCCGUCACUCAGUGUUAAAAGCAACUGUGUGAUAUUUGAGAGGAAGUGUGCACACACACACUGAGACCGAUCUGAGCUGAACUUUACCCAUUCUGCAUUUUUCAAAAUAUUUAUUAAUUUUGGUCCUCCAGUUUUUUCUUCUCCGAUGCAGCUGUCGCUCAUUCAGGUGUGCAGAGAUUAUGUAUCACAUGUUUGCCCAUCAAGAAUGGUCAGCGAGUUUACUUGUUAGUGGUUCAGCCACACAUGGUGUGCCUUUAAAUGGACUUUUAAACUUCAUCUGUUCCCAGAGAGGAGCACUUUAAAUAAAUGUAAGAGGACUUCCUUUUCAAACUCACUUGCCUCAUGGGAAACGGAAGACUUUGUAUUCUCUGUGUGGCUUUGUGUUAAAAUGAUGGUUUUAUUUUCAUCUGAAAUGGCCAUUCUGUGAAAUUGGUGUCCAGAUUUAGUCCGGUCCUUGUACCUGCCCAUUUUCAAGCCAAGGUAUGAAUGAGUGUUGUCCAAGCAUUAUAGACAACUUGCCAGAGAACCAUUUUUAAAUUGUAUAUUUAGGGACUUUGCUACUAGAAGCAAAAACUAAGAAUUUGUUCCUGUUUUUUCAGUUUAAUCAAAGAAAGGUCAAUAUACUAACACAGUUUGACAGACAUAAAAUUGUAUAUUUGCACCAAAAAGGUGAUUCCCUUGUCUAAGAAGACCAGACUGUGCUUCAAUAAAUCUGUGGAUGCGUUUUUCUGGCAAAAUAUUUUUUUAAAUUGAGGGGUGGAUAAAGACUUUUGCACAGUAUUCUACAGAUCGUGUUCAUGUAUGCAAAAAAGUCUGAGAAAUAUGAGGUUAAAUAUGUGUUUAUACAUUCAAACUGUUGCCUUUCAGUAAACACUAUAUAAAGAUAUAUAAACCAAUGCAUGUUUUUAAAUGCAAUUUGUAUCAUUUAUGUGUUUUCAGUGAUUCAAGGACUUGUUUAAGCUGCACAAGAACCAAACUUCAGCUGAGUGUGAAUUAAAUGAUUGCAUCGAAACGAA